CUGACAUCCACAGGUUCGGGAGCUCACGGCUGAGUGAGCUGGCCGGGGUUGCGCGCGCAUUCGUUUCGGUGGUCGGUCUGUGUCACACCGGAGAGGAAAGGCAGCGGCCUGGGGAAUAGACGGCUCAAGAUUUGACCUUGAAACCAUAAAUCCGGAUUUAUCAAUGGUUGCAAAAAGAUAACGAUUGGGGAAAGUUGUGAAUAGUGAAAAAAUGAGUUCACUAAAGCCAAGUGGGCUUAAAGCACCUUCCAGAAUAGCAAAGCCUGGCGCUUUAACUGCAAAGUCCUCUGCUGCUGCUGCCCCUCCUGUGACGGCAACAGAAAAGGCUGCCAGUGCACCACCUGCAGAUGCUCCUGAAGGAUUUGUAGACGACUUCAGAGUUGGAGAACACGUAUGGGUUAAUGGCAAUAAGCCUGGAUUUAUCCAGUUUCUUGGCGAGACUCAGUUUGCUCCAGGCCAAUGGGCAGGUAUUGUUUUGGAUGAUGCCAUUGGUAAAAAUGAUGGAGCAGUUGCUGGAGUCAGAUAUUUCCAGUGCGAAGCCUUGAGGGGGAUUUUUACUAGACCUUCAAAGCUGUCACGGAAACCACUUGAAGAUGAGACUAAUGGUGCACAAACCUUAUCCAGAGCUACCUCACCAACCUCGGUGUCUUCUGCAAAUGUGUCCCCUGUCCCUGCAGCUACCCCUUUUAAAAGUGCUGCAUCAUCUACUAAGGAACCUUCUACACCUGCCCAGCUGAGUAACCUCACCCGGACAACAAGUGACUCAAUUUCAAACCUUUCAGAAACUGGGUCAGUCAAAAAGGGGGAACGGGAACUCAAGCUGGGAGAUAGAGUUCUAGUAAGUGGUUCAAAAGCCGGAGUUGUACGGUUUUUGGGUGAGACAGAUUUUGCCAAAGGAGAAUGGUGUGGAGUUGAAUUAGAUGAGCCUUUGGGAAAGAAUGAUGGAGCAGUGGCUGGCACAAGAUAUUUCCAGUGUCAACCAAAAUAUGGCUUGUUUGCACCUGUACAUAAAGUUACACGAAUUGGAUUUCCAUCCACUACUCCAGCUAAAGCUAAAACCACCAUACGAAAAGUACCUACAACACCUGCCACACCAGCCUCCCUGAAACGCAGUCCAAGCGCAUCUUCCAUUAGCUCUAUGAGCUCAAUUUCAUCUUCUGUGAGCAACAAGCCAAGUCGCACUGGUUUGUUAACCGAAACAUCAUCCCGAUACUCAAGGAAGAUUUCUGGGACUACUGCUCUCCAGGAAGCCCUGAAAGAAAAGCAACAGCAUAUUGAGCAGCUUUUAGCUGAAAGGGACAUGGAGCGAGCUGAGGUGGCCAAAGCAACAAGUCAUGUGGGAGAGGUGGAAGAACAGCUAACCGUGAUAAGGGAUAGUCAUGACCAGUAUGUCAUGGAAAUGGAGGCCAAGAUGGACCAAUUACGCGCUAUGGUUGAAGCCGCAGACAGAGAAAAGGUAGAACUGCUAAACCAACUGGAAGAAGAGAAAAGAAAAGUUGAAGAUCUUCAAUUCCGUGUGGAAGAAGAGUCUAUUACCAAGGGUGAUUUAGAGACGCAGACCAAACUGGAGCAUGCCCGCAUUAAGGAGCUUGAACAGAGCCUGCUCUUUGAAAAGACCAAAGCUGACAAACUUCAGAGAGAGUUAGAAGACACUAGGGUGGCUACUGUCUCUGAAAAAUCUCGUAUCAUGGAAUUAGAGAAAGACUUGGUGCUGAAAACAAAAGAGGUAGCAGACCUACGUCUGAAGCUUGUAGAAUGUAGCAAACAAACUAGUGAUGUGGACACAUCACUUUCAUUGUUGCAAGAAAUAAAUUCUCUACAAGAAAAUAUUGCACAACUUAACAAGAAACAUGAGCAAGAGCUUCAGUGCUUCAAAAGCAAGCUUGAGAGUACGCAAGGUGAUCAUGAGAGAGAAGUUGUAUCUCUAAAAGCCUCAGUAGAAAAGAUAUCUAAAGAAAAUGAGAGCUUGAAAGUAAAGCUCAGCCAUGCAAGCAAGGAGAAUGCAGACGUGAUAGAACUUUGGAAGUCAAAAUUGGACUCUGCAAUCAGUUCACAUCAGCAAGCAAUGGAAGAGCUGACCAUUUCAUUUAGCAAAGGCACACUUACAGGGAACUCUGAAUUAAUAGAGCUUAAAGCAAAGAUAGAGAAUCUCAAGUUAGAACAUCAAAAAGAAAUUGAACAGCUCAAGUCUAAGCAAGAGGCUGAGCGAGCUGAACGACUUAAAGAGAUAGAUGCUUUGAAGAUAAAAUUACAAUCUUCUAAUGAAGAAAAAGAAUCUGAGCUUGAAACUCUUCAAUCUAAACUGGAUACAGCAGAAGAGCAACAUCUAAUAGAAAUAGAAGAUACCUUAACUAAGCUGCAUGAUGCUGAAACCAAGGCAAAUGAACUGCAGAAGCAGUUGAAGGACCGUAAUGAAACGUUUUCUACCCUAGAGGGCAAUUUACAAUCAUUGCUUCAGGCCAAAGAAACCUGUGACAUGGAAAUGGAGGAUUUGAAAAAAAUAUUUAACUCCUCAACUGAAGAAACCAAGGCUCUACAAAAAGUUAUGCAAGAUACCGUGGGGAAACUAAAUGCGAGAGAAAGACAAUGCACAGAAAUAACAAAGAAACUGGAUGAAUUGCAGCCCCUUUGUGCUGUGCUGGAGAAGAAAGUGAAAGAAGGUGAAGAGAAAGAAGAAACUUUAUUGAAGGCUAAAGCAAACCUGGAAAAUCAAAUCUCCGAAAUGAUCCAGUCCUCAGGAGACAGCUCUGCUCAGCUUUCAAAUUUGAAUCACGAAUUGCAGUCUAGGGAAAGGAAUUUAGCUGAUCUUCAGACUGAACUGUCAAAAUCCAGGGAAACUGUGAAACAACUGCAGGUAGAUAUUGGGAAACUGGGAACUGAAGCGAAGCAAUGCUCUGAGGAAUCGCAGGAAUCUCACCAGCUGGCAAUAAAAGCAAUGACUUCUGAAAUAGAAGGCCUGAAAUCAAUGGUUGAACAGGUCCAGACUAAAAAUAAAGAAAUGCAAGCUUUGCAUGAAAAUUCAGUUGCAGCUUUAGUCUCCCAGCAUCAAACUGCAAUCGAUGAGCUGAAACAAAAUUUGCAGACAAAAGAGGAGCUAUGGAAAGCUGCCCAAAGUGCACAAAGUGAAAUGGUCAAACAAAUGGAAGAGUUGCAACGACAAGCAGAACAAGCCAAGUCUCUAACCUGUAUAUUAGACUCCAAAAGGAAAGAGGUUGAACUUAUAACAGAAGAGAUGAGGGUUUUGGGAGUGGAAAAAGACACACUUGCCCAGGAGGCAAAUGCUUUAAAGCUGGAGAAAGAUUCUCUACUGACAAAGAUUGUAGAAUUUGAAUCUACUGUUAAUGGGCUCCAGCAAGAGCAAAGUCAGCUACUGUUACUCAAUGAAGAACGUAAAGCUGCAAAAGACAGCAUUAUGAAUGAGAAACUGGAACUUGAAAUAAAAUACAGUGAAAUAAGUAGCACCUCUCAAACAUUAGCACUUGAGAAAGAAAAACUAAUGGCUGAUUUGGACAGUGCUAAACAAGAAUUUAUUAAAUUUAGCAUGGAUUCUGAAGGCUUACAGUCUUCAAUUACUGCAAUGGAUGCCAGUAUGACCGAACUUCAGAAAAGUAAAGAUGCUCUGUUUUCAGAUUAUGUGGAACUGCAAAAUAAAUAUCGGCAAAUGCAGGAAAACCAGGUCAAGUUUGAUGAAAAGAUAAUGGUCCUUGCCAGGGAAAAAGAUGAAAUUAUUGAAAUGCUCAAGAGCACAAAAGAAGAAUUUGGGACAAAGCAAAAAGCUCUGGAAAAACAAAUAGAUGAACUUGAAUCAGAAAACAAGUUGUCCUCCGAUAAGUAUUUGGAACUGGAUAGCAGAAUGACCACUUUAAUUGAUGAAAAGAAUGAGCUGAUCAAAACCAUUGUAGGUGUCCAGUCUGAAAGAGAAAAUCUUUUGGUUAAGCAAAAUAGUUUAAAUACAGAUAUUGAAAAUAUUUUUAAAGAAAAAGAAAAUCUAGCAUCUCUACAUAGUUGUAAAGAACAUGAACUGAAUGAGGUCAAAUCACAACUGGAUAAAAUUACACACGAAAACCUAGAACUGUUGGCUAGAAAAGAUGAAUUACUGCAAACCUGCACUGUGUUUGAAGAAGAAAAGCAGAAGAUGGAGGAAUAUCAGAAGAAGAUCAUGGAUAAAAAUAAUUCUGUUAUCUUGGAAAAGGAAGACCUUAGUCAGAAGCUUGUAUCUUUUGAAAAGGACAUGAAUGGGAAGCAAGCAGAAUUAACCUGUGAAGUAUAUACCCUUAGAGCAGAAAAAGAGAAGAUCCUAGAAGGAAACUUAGAACUUGAAAACAAACUUUCUGCUUUAAUUGUGGAGCGUGAUGAGUUAAUAAGGAGAACUACAGAUUUAACUACUGAAAAGGCAGAACUCUUAUUGAAGCAAGAUGACUUAAACAUGGGACUGACAGAUUUGCUCCAAGAAAAUGACAAGAUUGUUGUUAAUUGUAAUGAGUUAACAGCUGAAGUAGGAAAGGUUAGAAAAGAACUUGAGCGGGCACAGAAAGAUAAUCAAGAACUUCAGGUCUCCAAGGAAAGCCUUACAAACUUGGUUGAAGAAAUUAAGACCAGUAGUAGCAUAUCAGACUCUGAACGUGUUCACCUCUUACAAGAAAAGGAGAUGUUGCUUUCCUCUGAGAGGAAGCUGACUGCUGAAAUGGGUGAUCUCUUGAAACAAAAUGAGGAGCUUAUGGUUAAAUGUCAGAGGUGCACAGAAGAGGCUCAGCUUGCACAGGAGAAACUGAUGGGUGAAGUUCAUAAUCUUAAAAAUGCAAAGGAGAUGAUGAUGAUGCAGAUGUCUGACAUAGAAAAAAAACUUGAAACUGUGUCUGCAGAGAAUAAUGCCUUUAAGUUAAAGAAUGCAGAGUUCCAAUCUAAAGAGGAAUCGGUUAUUGAAGAACUAUCCAGCAUGAAGGCCUCAAACCUUCUGUUGUCACAAGAGAAAAGCAAUCUGUUAGCCAAGAUUGACUCACUAAAUGGGGAUAUCAUGGGAGCAAAGAAACAGGUUGAAGAAUUGACGAGAACUAAUGACAGCCUUUCAUUAGAACUGGAACAAACAAAGAAUGACAAAGCUUCUUUUGAAAAAGAGUUUAAUAAUAAUUUCGUAGAAAAACAGUCUUUACUUGAGGAGUAUAAUAAAUGUUGUUGUGACAAAGAAUUGUUGACAAAAGAGAGAGAGAGCUUAUUGGAAAAAUGCAAUGAACUUGAUACACGUUUUACAAAUUUUGAACAGAGGUUAAUUGAAGAGAGAGAUGCUUUUAAGAAUGAAAAAGAGUUUCUAGAGCUAAAAUGUAUUGAACUUCAGCAAGGUUUGGACAAAAUGGAGGAAGAAAGGGAUCAGAUGGUAUUUCAAAGUAAAGAGCUCCAGUGUACAUAUGACAAACUUAUGGAGCAGAAAGUGAACGCAGAUAAUCUUCUCCACACUCUUACCCAGGAAAGGGAGAGUUUAGAACUCAAGAGCAACAGACUUUCCUCAAACGUGGAAGAACUCGGUCAGGAUGUUGCUUCUCUAACCAAGUCAAAAGCAGCGUUACAAGAUUUGUAUAAUGCUAUUUGCAAGCAGUUGGAAAACCUUAGCAGUGAGCAUGAACUUACAGAAAAGGAGUUAGAAAGGCUGCAUCAAGAGAGGUCCAAUUUGGUAUCCACACAAGAAUACCUAGAAAGCACAUAUUCGGCUAUUUUACAAGAAAAGGAAACUGUCCUGAAGAAGUGUGACAGUCUGUCUGAACAAGUGGUUGUAUUAACCAGAGACAAUCAGGAAGUUUCAGGUCUGGCUGAGCAGCUGAAGGUUCAAUACCAGACAAUACUCGGUGAAAAAAAGGAGCUGAUCUUGAGGUUUGAUGAGCUUCAGCUUGAGAAGAACAGCCAAGAAGAAAAAAUUAACGAGGUUUCACAAAUUGCAGAAGAAGCUAGCCAGAAAAUUGAGCAGGUGACUGCAGAGAAAAAUGUGCUGCUCAAAGAGAGGACCGACACUAUUACUGCUAUGGAAGAGCUAAAAAAACUGCAGAGUCAACUGCAAAAAGAACUGGAAAGCCUUAGAAAGCAGCAAGAAUCGGCUGCAGAACAAGUAAACAAGACAAAUGGCCUUCUAAAAGGAGAAUGUAUGAAAACAGAAGCUCUUAAGAAGGAAUUAGAAGAGCUGAGACAGGCAGCUGAGCACAAGUCCCAGCAGUUAGCGGCUCUGCAGGAGGAGAACCUAAAACUUGCAGAGGAGCUUGGAAGGAGCAAAGAGGAAGUCUCGACUAACCAAAAGCUCGAAGAGGAGAGAUCAGUAUUAAAUAACCAACUACUAGAAAUGAAAAAAAGUGAAUCUAUUCUAAAGAAAGAGUUUGGUGAAGAGAAGUCCUCUCUACAGAAGUCUCUCUCCAGUACCAGUGCCUUGAUCACUGAAAAGGACAAAGAACUGGAAAGACUUCGAAAGGAGGUUACAGUACUGCGCGGAGAGAAUGAGUCUGCAAGAAGCUUGCUGUCAGCACUGAAGUCAUUGGAGUCUGAAAAAGUCAAGCUGGAAAUAAAGGUGCAGAAUCUGGAGAAGGAACUCAUCCAGAACAAGACACAGCUCAACAAUUUAUCAAACUCAUCAGGUGAUGCCUCAUUCAGCAGCCAGUGCCCGGAGGAACAGGCAUCCUUGGAAAGCCAGAUUGAUUUUCUGAAUUCGGUAAUUGUUGACCUUCAAAAGAAAAAUGAUGAUUUGAAACUGAAGAUUGAUCAGAUGGUUGAAGCAUCACUAAAUGGGAACGAUGUUGAAGAUUUGGACAACCAUGAAGGCUUAAAUGGCACUCAGGCCAUGAAGAAAGUGCCCCCUCGCCUUUUCUGCGAUAUCUGUGAUUGUUUUGACCUUCAUGAUACAGAAGACUGCCCGACACAGACUCAGUUACCCGACUCUCCUCCUCAUUCAAAUUUCCAUGGAAGCCGAAAGGAAGAGAGGCCAUACUGUGACAUCUGUGAGGUAUUUGGCCACUGGACAAACAGCUGCAAUGACGAUGAGACCUUCUAACGGCACAAGUCUUUAGAUGUCGGCCUUCUCUUGUAUUGGUAUAUACCAACCUCACCAGCAUUUCCUUUUAUUGGCUGACCUGGGACUGUACUUUUCAAAGAAUGAAAUCUGCAUUUGCAUCAUUAUAGCAUUUAAGGGCUUGCACAGUGACCUGCGUUUUGAAACCUCAUGCAAUGUUAGCCUUUGAUUUAAGAUUCACCAGAAGUUAGUACAUGCAUAUUAAUGCUCUGUUUCAUAUUUGCACUAUUAGAUUUACAUAUUUACAUUUAAAAUGCCUUCAACGUGUGACACUGGAUGUAAUUUACAUAUCAGGCUUUCAUUUUCAUCUUUUUUUUUCCUCACUAACGUCAAGAGUGAUGAACAAAUAUAAGACAAGUACUGGUGUUUGGGAUCACCAAUGCUGCAAAUGCUCAUGAUAAGUAUGGACAACACUGUUAAAAAUGAACAAUGAAGACAGUUUCUUUAAAUUGUUUGCCAUGACACGAUCAGUAUUCAGGGGAGUGGGCAAUGACAAUAUUUUAAACAAUGCUGGAAGAGUGCAGUGUUGGAACAAUACUGAAGUAUUUUGUUUUGUUUGCUGUAUGUUCAGAAGUUGUAUAAUUUCCCAAGGAGGGUUUUGGUGGGCAGGGGUGAGGUUAGCAUGGUUUGGCAGUAUGAUUACUUCCCUUGUGCUCCAGUUCUGUCAAUUAACAAUCUUCUGCUGGUCAGUUGCUGGGUGAUUGUUCUUCAGCUUCUUCUGCCAGUGAGUUAGACCCAUCUUUUAGACAUCUAUAGAUCCAAAGUUUGCAUCAUCAGAUGGAGCUGCAAGACCAUGUAUAGUA